AUGAAAAUUGCUGUUGUUGGUCUAGGUGGAACAGGUAGUGCAGCACUUCGUUUUGUUGCACAUUUCGGUCAUAAUGCUAUUGGUUAUGAGCAAUUUCAUAUUGGUCAUGCACAUGGUAGUUCUCAUGGAGAAUCAAGAAUAAUUCGUUAUACUUAUCCAGAUGUUUUAUUUACUCAAAUGAUGAGUGAUGCAUAUAAAUUAUGGUUUGAAUUAGAAAAAGAAGCUGAAGAAGAAUUAUUGGUUCAAUGUGGUGGCCUUUAUUUUGGUGAUAGUAAUGAUCCACAAAUAUUAGCUACAGAACGUUCAUUAAUUGAAGCUAAUUUACCUUUUGAACGAUUAAAUGCUGAACAAGUAAAAGAAAAACAUCCGGCUUUUCAUUUAUAUUCAAAUGAAACAGCUAUUUAUCAAAAAGAUAGUGGAUUUUUACGUGCAACUCGAUGUGUAGAAGCAAAUAUUCGUUUAGCUAAAAAACAUGGUGCAAUUGUUCAUGAAAAUACAAAAGUUCAAGAAAUAUAUACAAAAAAUAAUAAAGUAUUUAUUCAAUCAUCAUUAGGUGAAGAAGAAUAUGAUCGUGUUAUUGUAACUGCGGGUCCAUGGAUGAGUACUUUAUUUAAAUCUUUAAAUUUACCAUUAGUUCCAACUCGACAACAAAUUGUUUAUCUUAAUAUUAAUGAUCAUGAAGGAUAUUUUCAAGCUAAUGGAACAUUUCCGGUUUGGAUUGAUACAACUGAUAAUCUUUAUGGUUUUCCGAAUGAUGGUCAUAUUGCUGGAAUUAAAUUAGCAUUUCAUCAUUGCGGUCAAGUUAUAACUGAUGUAGAUGCUGAACGAGCUCCAGUUGAUGAAAAUUACUUAGAAGAAAUUCGUAGUUAUGCUAGAAAACGUUUUCCAAAUUUAGGUUCCGAUGUAACUUUUAGUCAGACAUGUAUUUAUACAAAUACACCCAAUGCCGAUUUUAUUAUUGAUCGUGUAAACAAUCAACCAAAUGUGUUUUUAGUUAGUGGUUGUUCUGGACAUGGUUUUAAAUUUACAAUUUUAUUAGGAAAAAUCAUUGCCAUGAUGGCAACAGAUGACAAUGGAUAUGAAAGAAAUUUAGAUCGGUUUAAACUUAGUAGUUUUCAUAAGAUCUUAAAUAAAUUCUCUGAUGAUUAG